AUGACGGUCGCUCGGCGCCUGGAUGAGGUGCUCUCUGUGGAGGCGGGCUCAAUUCUGGCUCGCGGUCAUGUGGCGGCGGAUGAGGGCAUGGCCAUCGUGAGCGACAUGAUCAAUGGCUUCCUUCAGCUGGAGGCUGCUCUUGCAGAACACCUGAGCAAUCAGCCCAGCACCACAGCCGUGGAGCUCUCCUUCAAUGCAAGGAAUCUGGGAAUCCUGUUGCUUCCUACGCUGCUCGAGUGCACACUAGCCGGCAUCACCAAGUGCUGGGAUUGUGACUGGGGCAUCCUGGGACGGCAACUCCAGGCUUUGCAUGACCUGGUCUUGAAAAAGCCGCUUUUGGACCAUGCAGCGAUGGCUCUCUUACAGCUCAUCUGGCUGCGUGCCCCGAUGCUCCUCCCGGCAGAAGAGAAGGGCAGAGGGAAGGCAAGGACCGGAGGGGUCCAAGGCCUGUCUCAGGAGAUCCACGACACCCUGGUGGUAGAGGGCAUGGAGCAGGCAAAUGCCGAGGAGAUUCAGCUUAUGGCGCACGUCCGCCGGGAAGUGCUUCAGCAUCUGGGCCAGUCGGGACGAUGGCAGCCUGAGCAAGGCAAGCUGGAGUCCGGACAGGUCUCCGAGCCGCCCGACGUGCCCAAGAAGCGGCCGAGCGCAAAUCGUCAAUCUUCGCCGAAGAAGAGGCGCACGAGCGACCAGCAGAUUGUACCGGUGAGAGCACAGGAGAUUGAAUCCUUCAUGGCUGCCCUGUUGGACAAGUUCGGCUGCGAGCCGCUCGUGGGCUCCUUCAUGGAGCGGGUCGAGAUGAAAGCAAUGGCAGCAAUGACGCUAGCUGCGACCAAGGGCUUCACCAAAGAGGCCAAGGAGGCGUCAGAUGCGGCACUUGCAGCGGAAAAGAUUGCAGAUGUGAUGAUGAACUUCCAGAUCCUGCUCGGCUUCGGAACGGAGGCCAAGCAGGCCAUCGUCGACCAACUGCCGCAGCUGGUACGGCACCUGCUAGAGACCUCUUCGUGGCCGGACUGCUGGCGGCAUGCCCUCUGCGACAUGCUCGAGCUGGUGAUUCACCAGAAGCUGGCCCGCGAGUCAUCCGCCUCGCUCUGGGACCAGGUCGGGCAGAAAUGGUUGGAGCAUGCCAACGCCAGCAGACUGACGGCUGUGGGUAGUUUGGCGACGGUGCUGGCUGGUGUAUUGGCCCAGAUGCCUGACGCGAAAGCCGCCGAAAGCCUCAAAUGCAUGGAGAACCUGCGAUUUUCCGCGGCUUCCUGCUUGAUUUGCUUCCAGAAGGCCGACCCUCAGAAGACCUUGGACGGCAAGCUCGCCUUCAGCGACAUGAGCUCGGCUGAGGAGGAGAGCUCCAAAUCCCCCAGCGUCCCAAGACUCGGUGUGAAGAUCCUUGCUGGCUUUGUCGGUGCCCUCGGUUGCGGCCUUGUGCUCGCAGCUUGUUUUUGGACUCACUCCUCCCGUCCAGACAUGCUUCCAAGAGGCUUGGCUCCGGGCAGAGAGCUGUAUGAUGUGAACUACUUCGAGGACGACCAAGGCAAUGUUCUUUACAGCAGCAACCCAGAGGAAAACAAGGUUGUGAAAACCACUUGUGUCAUCGACGCCGUCCAAGCCGCAUCAUACAUUGGAGAAGCUGUGACGAACAUAUACCGUGCAGAGAUCUGCCCGGACGAUGAGCCGCUUGGGUGCACAGCUCCAGUCGCGCACGCCGUUACGGCGAUCCUGUGGGUGAUGUCCUUCAUCACAAGCGCUACCUCUACCUGUGCAGAGACCAUCAACUACGGAACCUCUUGUGCUGCAGCGAUUCUGAGGGACCUGGCCACCGCUGGCUCAACCAUCUAUGGCUUUGACGAGGACUGUUUCCUCACAAGGCCUUUCGUCAACAAUAGGGUCUUCCAGCCGCCCCGGCCGAAGUUCCUUGUGGACCAUGGUCGGCGGCUGGGCCAAGCCGGCUCCGAUGCUCGUGCUGUGGGCCUCUACAGGAACAAGAGUGCGGAGCUUCAACGUCUUCUGAAGGAGACCACAAGCAAGCACCCGGACCAUGAGCAUGCCGCACUGCCGAAUGUCCUCUUUGAUGCUGCUUCUCAUGGACUCCCGAGGAGUGCCUUGGACUCCACAUUCCAGAAGAUCAAGGCCAUUCACAGGCAUGGCAACCGCAAAACCGAGCGGAACUUUGCCCUUGCCAACUGUGUUUUCGACUCUGUGGAUGCUGUUGGAUGGCUGAUGCGGGCCCUGCUCUCGAUCAACGAGGCAUCGCACUCCUGUGAUGACCCCAAGGUGUGCACAGUGGAUGUGGUUUACGUCUUGGGCGCCUUGGCGUACUGCGCACAGAUGCUCUCUUUGGCCUUCGUGGAUUGUCCCCAAUACGGAAAGAGGGAGGCCUUGUGUGGGGCAGAUGUGACGGACGUGGUCGGCUCCAUGGCCAUUUUUGUUGCCUCGACGGUGCAAGCCGUGGCUUACUGCGACCUCGGCGCACGAUGA